CGUAAAACUGCGGCGCAAGUCCCUGCUGCGGCCACUCUGCCACCGGAGGGAUCGCUUUUGAGAGGGUGGGCUUCCUCCUGAUGGUUAUAGCAAAAGAAUCAUGACGGGGAAGAAAUCUUCCCGGGAGAAGCGGCGUAAAAGAAGUGGUCAGGAGGCGGCCAUGACCCUCGCGGCGCCUGACCUGGGACCCACGCUCGCCAGCAGUGGCAGUGCGAGCAUCGGCGGUUGCGGGAGCGUCGGCGGCUGCGGGAGCAUUACUUGCUGUGGGAACACCAGCUUCAGUGGAACCGUCGCCGGCGUUGGGAGCGGAGGGGAGCGCAGCGAGCGCCGGAAGCGAAGGAGCACUGAGUCAUCUUCCAAUGUCUCAGGCUCUGUGCAACAGGAAACCAAAUAUCUUUUACCAGCUUUGGAGAAAGAAUUAUUCUUGGCAGAGAACAGUGACCUUGAAGAAGGUGGAAUGGACCUGACUGUGUCAUUAAAACCAGUUAGUUUCUAUAUAUCCGACAAAAAAGAAAUGCUUCAGCAGUGUUUCUGUAUCAUAGGAGAGAAGAAGUUACAGAAAAUGCUUCCAGAUGUGUUAAAGAAUUGUUCAAUAGAAGAAAUUAAAAAACUAUGCCAAGAACAGUUAGAGCUCCUGUCUGAAAAAAAAAUCUUGAAGAUUCUUGAGGGUGACAGUGCUGUGGACUCGGAUAUGGAAGAGGAGGCAGACAAUGGCUCUAAGGUGGCAUCUGAUUUAGUCAGUCAACAAGAUACCUGUAUAGACUCUACCUCAUCCCUGAGAGAGAACAAGCAAUCUGAAGGUUUGGAAUUAAAACAAGGCAAAGGGGAAGAUAGUGAUGUACUCAGUAUAAAUGCAGAUGCUUAUGACAGCGACAUUGAAGGCCCAUGCAAUGAAGAAACGGCAGCACCCGAGGUUCCAGAAAAUACAGUCCAAAGUGAAGCUGCUCAGAUAGAUGACCUGGAGAAAGACAUUGAAAAAAGCGUGAAUGAGAUUCUGGGGCUGGCAGAGUCUAACCCAGCGGAACCCAAAGCCGCCACCCUCACUGUUCCUCCACCAGAAGAUGUUCAGCCUUCUGCACAGCAGCUGGAGCUGCUAGAACUUGAGAUGAGGGCAAGAGCUAUUAAAGCCCUCAUGAAAGCUGGUGAUAUAAAAAAGCCAGCCUAGUUAUUUAACUUGAACCUAAAUUUUUGGUGUGUUUGAACAAAGCCACAUGGUAUAAUUUUGUACCUGAAGUUUAUUUUGGGUCUUAUAUGAUAUUUCUCAUGUAACCCAUAUUAGGUAAUAUGAAUUUUUUCAUUGAUGUUACUUUUAUAUUAUAAAUGUGUUGUUUUAUGAGUUCAUGGCAAAUACCAUUGGAUAAUUGGAUACUUUGUUAUAUAAACUGCAGAUUAACAUCUGAAAAGCCAUUAACAGAGUUGCAGUAAUUUUUUUAUUUUUAAAUGUUUUGUCACCAAACCUAAAAGGUUAAGAAAAAUUGACCAAGCAUGUUGCUCUUAAGGCUACCUAUAUUUAGCAGUGAAAUAUUAAAUUAUUCCUCCUAGAUUUGUUAACAGUUUAAGAAAUUUAGUUAUGCUAGUAUGCACUUUGAAAAUAUGAAUUGUCUUGAAUAUACAUACCUUAUAUGGUUGUGGAUUUACUGGUAAAAACCAAGUAAAAUUUUUGUAAGGUUUAGAGAUCCAAAAUGGCUAAGAUAAAACUUAUUUUAUAAAAUAAAAAAGCCUUAAUGUAAGGUAAUUUUUAACAAUGUAGAAUAAUUGCCCAAAUUUAAUUCCAGCAGAUAAGCCAUUCUAUGAGGCAUUUGAUAUUAUUAUUGGACACUUUGUUCAGUUGUUUUUCUUCACUAGAAAGGGAACACAUUUUCAUUUCCAUUCCAAGCUAUCAGGAAAAGGAGAAUGUUUUAUCAUACAGGCUUUCAUCUAGUGUUUUUGCUUGAAGAUCUGCUGUGCUAUAAUUCCAUGAAUUAAAAAUAAUAAAGACUGUCAGUCUGGAUUUGAAGACUUUUGGUACAUUUCCAAAAGCAAAGUUAAUUUCAGGAAGCUUUGUUAAGUUGAUGUUAUAAUAUGAUUUUGUAUAGUUUUUGUAAAUAAUUAACAUCUUGCCACAAUUAUGGAUGUUUUUUGCCCCAUCACUAAUUGUAGCUGUUUGAUACCAAAAUAAAUUUAGGUAGAGAUUCUUAAGUUAAAAUAAAUUGUUUUUUUUCCUAAAAUAUAAAUCUGAAACUGUUGUUUUUAUAUUUGCUCACAAUUAUAGUAUAUUUUAUUUAUAAGCUGGGCUUUACUAAUGCUGUAUGAGGAUUUUCCUUGAGCAUAAAACUUGCUGAGAUUGUGUUUUAUUA